GCGACGCCCUCGCAAGUCAUACAAGCUCCGCACGUGCCAUCUACCCUUUGGUUCUCGUCAAUUCUUGUCUUGAUUGCAAGAAAGAAACAGCUCCAUCUUCUUUCACUUUGCUAUCAUCCCAAGUCUGCCUGAACUUUGUUCUGGGAACAAGGUGAUUUUGUUGGACCAAACAGCAGUAGACAAAAAGACAGACACUUGCGCUGUCCUUGUCUGCAAUUCCUUCUUUUUGUUCACAUCUUGUCUUCCCAAACACACACCAAAACCACCGCCAGUAUGCGCGUCACCCAGUUGGCAGCAGCCUCGCUCUGGCUCGGAGCUCUGGUAGCGGCGGUCCCGCACCGCGACAGCCCCCAGCAGCGUCUCGCAAAGGGCCUGGAGCUCGACGACAAGUACUACACCUUCAACAAGAAGGCCGCAACCAAGGACAAGUACAGCGAAAAGGGUACCCCUUACACACCCAGCCACCGCGACCCCCUCGACCGCUUCGUCAACCCUGACAAGGAGGAUCUUGACCCUCUGCCGUACCGCAAUGGGCUGGGCGCGUCGGUCCUCGGGCCCUGGAACAAGGAGCGCUCGCGCCAGUCGCCAGACCUGGUGCGCCCGCCCAGCACCGACUCGGGCAACGUCGCAAACAUGCGCUGGUCCUUUGCCGACUCACACAUCCGCAUUGAGGAGGGCGGCUGGACCCGUCAGACCACGGUCCGCGAGCUCGGCACCAGCUCCGAGCUCGCCUCGGUCAACAUGCGCCUCGGCAAGGGCGUCUACCGUGAGCUCCACUGGCACAAGGAGGCCGAGUGGGCCUACGUCCUCGACGGCGAGGUCCGCAUCACCGGAAUCGACUACGAGGGCGGCAACUUUGUCGACGACCUCAAGGCGGGCGACCUCUGGUACUUCCCCAGCGGCGUGCCCCACUCCCUCCAGGGCCUCAGCGAGAACGGCACCGAGUUCCUGCUUGUUUUUGACGACGGCCGCUUCUCUGAGGAGUCGACCUUUAUCCUGACCGAUUGGCUCGCCCACACUCCCAAGAGCGUCAUCAGCAAGAACUUCCACCUCGACCCCCAGAUCUUUGCCCACCUGCCCAAGACCGAGAAAUACAUCUUCCAGGGUCAGAUCCCAGGCUCCGUCGACGAGGAGCGGCCCAAGGGCAGCAACGUCAAAAAGUCCAAAUACAAGUUCAGCCACAAGAUGCUGGACCAGACGCCCGAGAAGACGUCGGGUGGUGAGGUCCGCGUGACCGACUCCAAGAACUUCCCCAUCUCCAAGACCAUCGCGGCCGCGCACGCCAUCAUCGAGCCCGGGGCGAUCCGCGAGAUGCACUGGCACCCCAACGCGGACGAGUGGUCCUUCUUCAUCCGCGGCAAGGCCCGCGUCACCAUCUUCGCCGCCGAGGGCACGGCGCGCACCUUCAACUACCAGCCGGGCGACGUCGGCAUCGUCCCGCGCAACAUGGGCCACUUUGUCGAGAACAUUGGCGACGAGCCGCUCGAGAUGCUCGAGGUCUUCCGCGCCGACGAGUUCCGCGACUUUUCGCUCUUCCAGUGGCUCGGCGAGUCGCCCAAGAAGAUGAUUGUCGACCACCUCUUCGCCGAGGACCCCGAGGCCGCCGCCAAGUUCCUCAAGGAGGUCGAGAACCCCAAGAAGGACCCCAUCACCAAGUCGGACAUUUCAUUUGACGAGUUUGACCGUGAGCAGGCCAGGCGGGAGAGUGGCGAGAGCGACAUCAACGAGCUGUGAAAGUUGAGAUGGCGGUUUUAAUAUCAUGAAAUAGGGGGCGCAAUUUGGAACUACCAUUUGGGAACGCGAGAGUCUUGUGUUGGGGAAAAAAAUUGCCUGCCAUAAUCUGUAGUCUAUCAGACAUUUUCCUAGCGUAAAGUACAUAACAGUCAUGAAUGCCAAAAUAACCUUAAAAAUGACAA